AUGAUGGACAGUACCAGUGCCAACAACAGUGCUUUAGUGUUUCAACGCUUUGCUUCAACGAUCCUGAAAUUUGGUUCCUGCAAGUGGAAAACCAAUUUACAUUACAACAUAACAAGUGACGCAACAAAAUUUAACUACAUAGUUGCUAAUCUCGAAACAGUGUACAUAUCAGAAGUUAGGGACAUCAUUGUGUCACCACCAGCUACUGAGAGGUACGUAAAAUUAAAGUCAGAGUUAAUUAAGAGACUUAGUGAAUCUCAACAACAAACAAUUAAAAGACUACUUGAGCAUGAAGAACUGGGCGAUCGACAACCUUCUCAAUUCUUACAUUUACAGUCUUUAGCAGGCACAACAGUACCAGAUAAUAUUGUAAGGUCUCUGAGGUUAGGUAGACUGCCAUCGUCUACACAGGCUAUUCUAGCUACUCAAGCUAAAGCUAGUUUGGAUGCAGUUGCCGAGCUAGCUAACACCAUCUCCGAAUCAAUAGCUCCUAGCGUCCAUAUGUCAGAAGUUUCCAACGCGCGUGAAAGUACCAUCGAUAAAUUGACAGCCUAA